AUGCCCUCUGGAAAAUUGCGCUUCCGGGUUGAUGCAACCGAGAUCGACGAAGAGAUGGAAGCCAUUGACGGCUAUGUGGUUGAUCCUAGUCGGUAUUCCGAUCACGCCUGUCGGCUGAAAACCAGUCGUGACGGUCGCUUCGUUCUGAUUCCUCAGCCAUUGGAUACGCCCGACGAUCCCUUGAAUUGGAGCAACGGGAGAAAGUGGACGAUCGUGAUCAUUGUGGCCUACAUUGCCUUGCUCGCCGAUUACACCGGUGGGACAGCCAUCAUCACGGUGAUCCCACAGUCUUUAGAAUGGGAACUCUCUCAAGAGACUGUGCAACGGGCCGUUGUUGGUAAUCUCUUUUCCAUUGGGGCUUGUGGGCUCCUCGUCGUCCCUCUCGCAAGCUACUUUGGACGCUGGCCAGUCACUUGCGUCUUUCAACUGCUGAUGCUUUUGACGUGCGUGUGGUCAGCAGCAGCAACCAACUUUUGCUCGUAUCUCGCAGCCCGAAUCCUGAAUGGCUUCUUCUGCAGUGUUGGACAAGGUGGAGCGUUGAUGUGGAUUAAGGAUCUCUUCUUUUUCCACCAGCAUCCGCAGGUCAUCAAUUACGUCGAGUUCUCGAUCAUCCUCAGCCCGUAUCUGGGACCCUUGACUGCCUCGUUCAUUGUGUCAGACUUGAAUUGGCGAUGGGCCUUUUGGAUCUGCACUAUCUUAGCGGGAAUCGCUUUCUUUGCCGUCUUCUUUCUCGACGAGACUUUGUUUGAUCGCACUGAACCCUCCUCUCCUCGAGGAUCCUUUCUUGCUCGGCUCGCUGGCAUACAGCAAGCCAAGUCUCCGUCCAAGGACUUUGUAAAAUGCAUGACUCGUCCACUUGUUGCUGUCACGAAGAUCCCAGUAGUGACCAUCCUUGUCUAUUAUUUCCUGAACUUUGCGUGGGUCAUCGGGGUCAAUACCACAAUCGGCAUCUGGUUGACCAACUACUACCAUUUCUUACCUCGAGACAUCGGCUUCUUCUACUUCUUUGGUAUCGUCGGCUGCUUGAUCGGCUGGCUGAUUGGCCACUUUCUUCACGACGCCGUCGGACGGUACUACACGAAACAGCAUGCGGGCCGUCUUGAUCCUGAAGCACGUUUAAUCCUUUUGUACCCGGCAACUCUCAUAUGCUGCAUCAGUUUGGUCGUUCUCGGGUUCGCGUUUCAAAGGCAUUGGCACUAUAUGAUUAUAGCCGUCUUCGCCGCUGCACAAUGUGUCGGUGUCAUGAUCGUAACUACUGCAAUCAAUGCGUACUUACUGGACUGCUACCCCGAAGGAUCUGGGGAGGUUGGAGCGUGGGUGACAGCUAGUCGCAAUUGGGCCGGGUUCAUGGCGACCUAUGUCCAGAUUGACUGGGUGGGAAGCAUGGGACCUGCCAGAGCUCUUGGAGUUCAAGCAGCUAUCACGAUGGGUUCCUUGGGAUGCAUUGUCUUCCUGCAGAUCUACGGCAAGCGGAUUCGGCAUUGGCAGGGGCAGAUGAGUUUUGGACAGAAGAGACGCGCAUCUGCAUGA